AUGAUCUCAAACAAAACACUAUUACUCUUCGGAGCGAUUUUCGGAACUCUCUUGUCGUUAGCUCAGAGUUCACAUUGGGAACACGAAGAGGUAGAACACUAUGACUCCCACCCUCGAUACAAGUUCGAAUACAGCGUUCACGAUCCGCACACCCACGACAUAAAGAGCCAGGAGGAGUCGAGAGAUGGUGACUACGUCAAAGGAUAUUACAAGCUGAAGGAGUCCGACGGCUCGGUCCGAGAGGUACACUACACAGCCGACAAACACAGCGGCUUCAACACCAAAGUCACCAAGGACGGACUGCCGCUAUAUGAAGGACACCAAGAGCCCAGCUCUCACCACUACAGCACUGCCCACGGUGCCCACCAAUAUAGUGAGGGCAGCCAUUAUGGGGGACACCACGCCACCAGCACUCAGGACCAGAACAGCAAGCACUACCACCAGCACAAGGUUGUUCUUCCUCAUCACCACUAA